UGCGCGUACUGCCACGUUAGUAACGGCGCACACAAACAAAUCAGACGAGCGCUUCAAAAUUCAGACAAACUCCUCAAACUGUUCCGUGAGGAAGACGUGUGCCCUGCGCCGUACCGCUUGUAAAAAGAAGCCGGGUUUUUGAGUCCGACCAUGCUGAAGUUCCUACUGCUCUGCGCGCUGGUGGCCGCGAACAGGGCUGCGCUCCCCCUGGAGGAGGAGGAGGACGUCCUGGUGCUGAAGAAGACCAACUUCGAGGAGGCGUUGGAGGCGCACCCGAACAUCCUCGUCGAGUUUUAUGCACCAUGGUGCGGGCACUGCAAGGCCCUGGCACCCGAGUACGCCAAGGCCGCGGGCAUGCUGAAGGCGGAUGGCUCAGACAUCCGCCUGGCCAAAGUGGACGCCACAGAAGAGACGGAGCUCGCGCAGGAGUUCGGGGUGCGUGGCUACCCCACCAUCAAGUUCUUCAAGGGUGGAGACAAGAGUUCACCCAAAGAAUACACGGCUGGUCGUCAGGCCGAUGACAUCGUCAACUGGCUGAAGAAGCGAACGGGACCCGCCGCCCCCACACUGAAAGACGUCGCCCAGGCCGAAUCGCUGAUCGCCGACAACGAAGUUGCGGUCAUCGGUUUCUUCAAGGACGUGGAGUCUGAAGGCGCCAAGGCCUACAUCAAAGCAGCGGAGGCAGUCGACGAUGUUCCGUUUGGCAUCACCUCCGACGAUGCCAUCUUCUCCAAGUUCGAGGUCACCAAGGAUGCUGUUGUACUGUUCAAGAAGUUUGAUGAGGGUCGUAACGUGUAUGAUGGUGAGAUUACCAAAGAGGACCUCCUACACUACAUCAAGGCCAAUCAGCUCCCACUGGUCAUCGAGUUCACUGAGCAGACUGCUCCCAAGAUCUUUGGUGGAGACAUCAAAUCCCACAUUUUGCUGUUUGUGCCAAAAGCAAGCAAGGACUUCCAGGAGAAGCUGGACCAGUUCAAAAAGGCUGCCACAGGCUUCAAGGGCAAGAUCCUCUUCAUCUUCAUUGACAGCGACGUCGAUGAUAACCAGCGCAUCCUGGAGUUCUUCGGCCUGAAGAAGGAGGAGUGUCCAGCUCUGCGCCUCAUAACCCUCGAGGACGAGAUGACCAAGUACAAGCCAGAGACGCCGGAGAUCACGGCGGAAAACGUCGUGGCCUUCUGUACGGCCUUCACGGAGGGCAAACUGAAGCCCCAUCUUAUGAGCCAAGACCUUCCUGAGGGCUGGGAUAAGAACCCAGUCAAGGUCCUGGUGGGCAAGAACUUUGAGGAGAUCGUCUUCGAUCCCAAAAAGAACGUCUUUGUGGAGUUUUAUGCCCCCUGGUGUGGUCACUGCAAACAGCUGGCGCCCAUCUGGGACCAGCUGGGCGAGAAGUACAAGGACAGCCCAGAUGUGGUGGUGGCCAAGAUGGACUCCACAGCCAACGAGAUCGAGGCAGUCAAGGUCCACAGCUUCCCCACGCUAAAGUUCUUCCCUGCCAGCGAGGAGAGAAAGAUAAUUGACUACAGUGGGGAGCGGACUCUAGAGGGCUUCACCAAGUUCCUGGAGAGUGGUGGGAAGGAGGGUGGUGCACCCGUGGGAGAUGAUGAGGAUGAUGAGGUCGACGAUCUGGAUCUCGAGGAUACAGAGGAUGCUGAUUCAGACGCAGAUGAAGGACACGACGAGUUAUAAGGGUGGGGGAGAGGAGGAAACGAGGAGACACACCCCUACACCACCACCACUUCCACUCUAAGCCCUUCCCCGCCCUGGGAGCCCUCGAGCUUCUCCCAACCAAUCCCACAGCUACUGGGCCUCUGCUAGGCAACCCGCCGCCACGGCAACCAUUUCCGACCUCGACCAGUCUCCAGCCCGGACCGACGACUCUGUCUUUACAGACAGGCAUCGGAGAAGGGUGGGGGAGGAAGAGAAAUAUACAGGAAGCGUUUAAUGCUUUCUGUUUUGCCUAACUGUGUAACCCCUGUCUUGGCAUUAAAGCUUGUUCAUCCUCAGAUUUUUGAGGCUUUUAUUAUGUAAUGUUCAUUAGCUCUCUACCAGCCCACCACCUCUGCUGGUCAAGGAGAUCAGUGUUAAGACUUUGCAGUUUAAUUUGUUGUCUAAACAUAAAUGGUGUGGAGAAGGAAAAGUGAACCAGUUAAUUUGUUCCUCCACAUCAGAGUUUGGUGACUGGGAUGGAAGGAUCUCUCAGGGUGCUGGGGCCAUUCACUCACUAGGACAUUCAUCCGAGCGUUGUACUGUCUAACGGGCCGUUAUCAUUCAUACAGGUGUUGCUGUGACCCAUCUUGGGUACCUCUCCCUUUCUGCUUUCCAUGUUUCAGCCCUUUUUUUUUUUGGUACAUUUUUCCAACAAAUCAAUACCUGGCUACUGAACUAUUUUUAUAGGUGUGAUUGGUAUGUUUUAUUUAAUUAUUUUUAAAUUUUAUUUUGAUGGAUUUCUGUGUAAUCAUUUUUGCUUGAGGGCCCGGGACCAGGGUGGGUGGCUGGCCGGCGUGCAAGCCCCACCUCCUCAGUACGUUGGGCUUCGGAGUGGGGGCAACCAAUCCUGUAGCACUUCAUUAUGCCCCCAGAGAUUCUGUAUAUUGGUUACUCAAACUGUGGCAGAUUAGCGGCUUAAGAGCAGCUCCGUGAAAGAUGGGGAAGAGUUUACCUGCUCAUCAGCCCUUCGGUUGUCCCAUUGAGUCAUCUCCCUUACUCCACCUGGGUCUGAGACCAGGACUCCUGGGCAGCAGGGUGGAGAAGCACAUGUGCGAGUAACUUAAUCACGUUUUUGUUUUCAUGCAUCCAGGAGCAGGGAUGUGGAUUUUUUUUUUUUUUUUUUUUUUUUUUUUCUACCUGCUAAUGAUCUUCAUUUUUCUAGGAGGGGUGGAUAUCAGGGGUGAUGUUUCUAGGAGGGUGGGAGGGUUAUUACAGGGUUGUAGAAGGGGAUGGGCUUUAGAUAGGGGGGAUAUCUGUAAAGGUUUUCUGUUUGUAGUUUUUUUGUUUUUUGUUUUGUUUUGUUUUUCCCCCCCUUAAUUGAAAGUUGUAAUGGAAAGUUGUUUUGAGUGAACAGAAACAAAGCAUUCCAUCAUUUUCAAACUGAUGUGGAAAAGUAAACUGGUGGCUGAAUAAACAACAAAAUGGUGACAUGUU